CCUCCUCCUCCUCCUCCUCCUUAUCUUCCUCCUUCUCCUCCUGUCCCUCCUGUCUCUGUGCAUCCGGUAGCAACCAGAGAGGUGGGAGAGAACCAGCCUGGUCUGGUCUGACCCUGAUUUCUGGUUUUGUGCCAUGCCCAGGGACCCUCUUGACUGAGCCACAUCUGCCUUCCUCCAGCCCUGCCCUUGCAGACCACCCACAGUCCUUAGUGAGGCCUGGCCCAGGCUAGCCCAGCCCAACAUGGAGGCCAAGGGGAGGCCUGCCAGCGGUCCCAAGUCUGAGUCCAAGUCCUCGCCAGCUCCUGCCACCGCCUCAGCCAAGACCGAGAAGAAGGAGGCUCCAGAGAAGAGAGAGCAGCCAUCUACACCUCCAGCGCCCCCCAAGAAGGCCCAGGCAUCUGCCGACCCAGCUCUGCUCAACAGCCACAGCAACCUGAAGCCCGAUCCAGGAGCCCCUUCAGCCCCCAGCCCCCCUGCUGGCUCGGAGCCAAAGGGCCCUGGAGAUGGCGCUGAGGAAGAGGAGGCAGCUGCACCGGCUGGAGGCCUUAGCGCCUUUGAGAACCUGAAACCACUGCUCCUGGCUGGUGGGGUGGCCGUGGCUGCCCUGGCAGUGGUUCUGGGGCUGGCUUUCUUGGCUCGGAAAAAAUAGUCCUGCCACUGUAGGGAAGUGGGGCACGUGGGGCAUCGAGCAGCCCCCCUGUGCACCUCCUUUGUAAAUCAGUGCAUGCUUGGAGGGGAGUCUCUCUUGUAACUAUAUAUAAUAUAUAUUCAUAUUAUAUAUCUAUAUAUCUAUAGACAUGUAGACAGACAGAUGGUGAAUGGCUGGCUCGCUAGGCAGGCAGCUGGUGGGGUCCCCUGCUGAGGCCGGUAAAGAGGAAGUUGUUCCAGGAGAUCCUUCCGUUCCUCAAAGCCCCUCCUCCUGGCUUCACCCUCUCCAUGCCCCACAGGCCUCCCCUGACCCCAAGGUCCAAACUCCCCAAAUAUUCAUUUCCUCUGCUACCCCCUAACUCUCCCUCCUCAUAGCCCCAAAUAGUACCUAUCAGGUGUGAACAGAAAGACUGAGUCAGAUCCCCUCCUAAUGGUCCACAUGGGGCAGCCCCUUGGCUGCCUACCUGGCUCCCUUGUGGGAAGUAGGAAGGGAAUUCUGGCUAGGUCCAGGACUGGGCCCAGGGCCUUGUGGGUGCUGGAGGCAGGGCAGAGUCAUUGGCUCCCUGGCAUCUGUGUCCAGAGCCCUGUGAGAGAUGGCACUGCUCAUCUCUGUCAGGAAGGCCAUCAGAUCAUGGCUAGCUAUGCUGUGCUUUGCCCCCCAGCCAGGUGUGAUGAUCGGAGAGGUGCCAGUCCUGGCGGUGGGUGGCGGGGGUCACAGCCCAGUUGGGACCACAGGCAGGAAGUGCUGUGGGUAGGGAGCUAGUUCUGCUACUCCCAGUUCAUGAGGGUCUAGAGGGGCUGGAAGGCUUUCAGUCCCUGUAGUGUGUUGGGAUGGGGGAGGGAUGACAGCUGGCCUGCCCAAAGUGUUGUGUGUACAACGGAGCUUCUAGGUCUAUGUGUCUGUGUGCCUGUCUCUGUGUCUCUGUGUGUGUGUGUGUGUGCCUGUCUGUGUGUGUGUGU